GUUUCUGGUUCUUCAACUGCGAUCGUGACAAUUUUGUUCAAAAUAGGGUUCUGCACUUCUGCUUCUCUCUCUCUUCUGUCAGCCUUAUCUCCGGCCGGUCCUUGAAGAUUGGGUCUAAUAUGGAACCCGAGAAUAGCAGUAAGGAAGCUGAAAUGCAUGCAGAAAUUUCUAUCAAGUUUCAAUCAUCUGAAGAGCCCAAUAUCCCGGCUGACAAUUAUCCUGGAAUAUCUUGUAAACAGCUAUCAUUUGAAAAGAAUAAUGAAGAGGCUGGUGUAUCAUCUGAAAAGAAGGACAUGGCAACUGACUUAGCAUCUGUGAAGAAUAACGUGGAAGGUGGGGAAUUAUCUGGAAAGAAGAACAUGGAAGAUGAGAUAUUAUCUGGAAAGAAGAAUGUGGAAGAUGAGGUAUUAUCUGGAAAGAACAACUUGGAAGAUGAGGUACUAUCUGGAAAGAACAACAUGGAAGAUGAGGUAUUACCUGGAAAGAACAACAUGGAAGAUGAGGAUCAAGUACAAGCCUCCUCUAAACCAGAGCCACCCAAAAAGACUGCCAAAAAGUUGAGGGCCAGACGUAAAAUUGUGAAGAAGAGAGAUGAAGCUAGAGGUAAUGCUGGAAUUUUUAGUAAAUUGAAAUCAUCUGAGGAGCCCAGUGGUGAGGCUGUGAAUCCUCGAAAAGCCUCCACAAAACAGCCAUCGUUUGGAAAGAACAAUAUGGACACUGAGGUAUUACCUGGAAAGAACAUCAUGGUGGCUGAGAAUCAAGGACAAGCGACCUCCAAACUGGAGACAUCCACGAAGAGAAUCACAAAAAAGUUGAGGGCCAGACGUAAAAUUGUGAAGAAAUGUGAGGAAGCUGGAGGUAGUGCUGAAACUUUUAGUAAAUUGCAAUCAUUUGAGGAGCCCGAUGGCAAGGCUGUGAAUCCUCCAAAGGCGUCCACUAAACAGCUAUCAUUUGGAAGGAACAAUAUGGAAACUGAGGUAUUAACUGGAAAGAAGAGCAUGGAAGCUGAGAAUCAAGGAGAAGCCUCCUCCAAACCAGAGUCAUCCACAAAGAAAACCUCAAAAAUGUUGAAGGCCAGGCCUAAAAUUCUGAAGAAAUCCUUGGCUAAUGAAUCCUCGAAGGCAAAUAUGGCCAAUGGUACUUCCAAAGUUAAGAAGAGAAACAGGAGGAAGAAUAAGAAGCUGAAUGCAAGCGAAGAAACCACAGAGAAAAAUGUAACCGAUAAGGUGAGCAAUGAAGGGAACCUAGAGAUCAAAGACAAAGAAAGGCUCAGAUGGUCAGAUAAGAAUCAGCAGAAUCAAAGAAGUGAUGGAAACCAUGGUGGAUCUGACAAGAGUUCAGGGCAAAAGAAUAAAGAAAAGUGCGAUGGCAUCGAAAAGAGCCAACAAAAUGAGACGAAGGGAGACAAGAUUGGUGGUUUGAUCUUUAUGUGCAGUGCAAAGACUAAGCCAGAUUGUUUCCAUUAUCGUGUCAUGGGUUUAUCAAUGAAUAAAAAGGAUCUUGUACUGGGUAUCAACCCAGGACUUAAGCUUUUCCUCUAUGAUUUUGAUCUCAAGCUUUUGUAUGGAAUUUACAAGGCAUCGUCCCCUGGUGGUUUGAAUAUUGAGCGUCGAGCCUUCGGUGGGGCCUUCCCUGUUCAGGUGCGGUUUGAUAUCCACAAAGAUUGUUUUCCACUUCCGGAGAGUGUUUUCAGGAAGGCAAUUAAGGAAAAUUAUAACGAAAAGCGGAAGUUCAAAACGGAACUCACUGUUAAACAAGUGAGGAAGCUUUCGGAACUUUUCAGAACAUUACCUAGAGGUCCUGGACACUCCCCAGCAAUGCCAGUUGUUCGAGAUGGGGAAUCUUAUGCCAGAGUAAAGGAGUCGAGGCCCCAUUCAAGCAGGGAAAGGGUUGGUAGAGAUCGUUAUGUCGGUGAUAAUGAUAAGAGUUAUCCUAUCUUGCCUCGUGAAAGGCGUGAACACAUUCCUUACCAAGAAAUCAUGCCUCAAAAGAGGGAGGAGAUUUCUCGUGAUAUGUACCUGAGUGAAAAGGAAUAUCGAGCUUAUGGGCUUCAGGGAGAGAGAAGAAACUUAACCCCUCUACGUCAUGUUGCUCCUUCUCCACAUCAUGCUGCUCCGAUUUUAGACCCAUACCAGAGAGAUCAUGCAAGGGAGAAUCUUAUUAGACAACCAGAUCUUACAUAUCGAGACACUAUCAAUAUGCACAGAGAAUCAAGUCGUACUGAUCCUCUCUACUUGACUGAAAGAGAGUAUCAGGCUUACAAACUUGGUGCUCUGGACUUGCCAUCUGCAGUUCCCCCUGUACAUCCCGCUGCAUCUGUCACUGCUACUGGUACUGUUUUGGAUCACUAUAAUAGGGAUCCAUACUAUCCUUACCAUUAUGGUGUUUCUUCUGUGGACUCGUAUCGUCUUCCUGUGCAUAGAGACGAAGUUUCUUCAGCUACCUACUCUACUGGUGGAAGGAUAGAAACGUACCCAGGUGAGAGGGAUCUCUUACAAAGGAGAGAACCUGAGCAAGUUAGUAGGUUGUACUCAACUUAUGCCUCAGAUGCUCUUUCCAAUUACAACCGGAUAUCCCAUUACCAAGGUGCCCCACCUGAAAUUGCCCCUGCCCCAGUUUCAUCGCGAUAUUCCUUUGCCGGCUCCUCUCUGUCGUACCGCUAAUCUGCCUUCUAAUCUAUUACCAGUUGUUAAUUUAUCCUUUUUAUUGCAUUUAACUUUUACAAUUCCUGGUUAUGGAUUGGUGUUCAUCGUUGACCAUUGGAAAACGAUCAAUUUUCAUUGUUCUGUCACUCAUCACUUAUCUGUAGAUCCAAUAAAUAAUUGUUAUAUGUGGAAUUUUUUUCCCUAGAUGAUU